CAUUUUGUAAGCUUUGCUCUUUCACUAAAAUAUAGUCAAUACCACACUUCCAUGCAAAUGUAAGAACUUGCCAUGGCAAGUGCUGCUUCCAUUUUUCCUUGUAAUUGGGUGGUUCUUGCUCUGUGCCUGUGCUGUUUUAGUGGCUGCAUUUCGGCCCAGAUUGGUUUGGGCUCGCAGUUAUUGGCUAGCAAGGCCCAAACAUGGGUUUCUGAAAAUGGUACAUUUGCUUUGGGGUUCACUCCAGCAGAGACUGAUAAUCGAUUGCUUGUGAUUGGAAUUUGGUUUGCACAGCUUCCAGGAGAUCCAACUUUAGUUUGGUCACCCAAUAGAGACACUCCAGUAUCCCAAGAAGCAGCAUUGGAGCUUGACACCACUGGCAACCUUGUUCUCAUGGAUGGAGACACCACAGUGUGGACCUCAAACACUUCAGGUGCUGAUGUGCAAACAGCAACCAUGUCAGAAACUGGCAACUUCAUUCUCCACAGCACCAACAACCACUCUGUGUGGCAGAGUUUUUCUCAACCUUCUGACACUCUCCUCCCAAACCAGCUUCUAACAGUGUCUUCAGAACUAACAUCAUCAAAGUCUUCUUCUCAUGGUGGCUACUAUGCUCUCAAAAUGCUUCAGCAGCCUACUUCUUUAAGCCUUGCUCUCACUUACAAUCUCCCUGAGACUUACCAAGCCUCAGAUGAAUCAUACACCAACUAUUCCUAUUGGCAAGGCCCUGAUAUCUCCAAUGUGACCGGGGAAGUUAUCGUGGUUUUAGACCAAGCCGGGAGCUUUGGAAUUGUGUAUGGAGACUCAUCUGAUGGAGCUGUUUAUGUGUACAAGAAUGAUGGCGGUGAUGAUGCAGGCUUGUCUUCUGCAGUUCAUCAAUCUGCACCAUUGACUGUUCUCAGGAGACUAACACUGGAAAAGAAUGGAAAUCUUCGGUUGUAUCGAUGGGACGAGGUGAACGGUUCGAGGCAGUGGGUGCCACAGUGGGCUGCAGUUUCAAAUCCAUGUGACAUUGCUGGAGUUUGUGGCAAUGGAGUUUGUAAUUUGGAUAGGAGUAAGACAAAGGCCACUUGCACUUGCCUGCCAGGAACUGCUAAAGUUGGAAGGGAUGGACAGUGCUAUGAGAAUUCAUCCCUUGUUGGAAAAUGCAAUGGCAAGCAUGAAAACCUGACAUCACAGCUUAGGAUUUCAACAGUGCAGCAAACAAACUAUUAUUUUUCUGAAUUUUCAGUAAUAGCUAACUAUAGUGAUAUUUCUAAUGUGUCAAAAUGUGGGGAUGCUUGCUUGUUAGAUUGUGAUUGUGUGGCUUCUGUUUAUGGACUAAAUGAGGAGAGACCCUAUUGUUGGGUGUUGAGGAGCUUAAGUUUUGGUGGUUUUGAGGAUACAAGCUCAACUUUGUUUGUGAAGGUCAGAGCAAAUGGGUCAUGGACUUUAGAAGGCCAAGAAGGAGGGUCUAAUAGCUCCUCUGAUGGAAUGGGAAGUGCAAAGGAGAAGGCUGUGAUUAUUCCUACUGUUCUGAGUAUGGUAGUUCUCAUUGUUUUGCUGAGUUUAUUACUGUACUACACUGUUCAUAGAAAAAGAACUUUGAAAAGGGAGAUGGAAAGUUCCUUGAUCUUAUCUGGUGCUCCAAUGAAUUUCACAUACCGCGAUUUGCAAAUUAGGACGUGCAACUUUUCACAGCUGCUAGGAACAGGUGGAUUUGGGAGUGUGUAUAAAGGAAGCCUGGGCGAUGGUACCCUUGUGGCAGUGAAGAAACUUGACAGGGUUUUGCCUCAUGGAGAGAAGGAAUUUAUCACUGAAGUAAACACUAUUGGCUCAAUGCAUCAUAUGAAUUUGGUUCGCCUAUGUGGCUAUUGUUCAGAGGGAUCACACAGGCUUCUUGUUUAUGAGUUCAUGAAAAAUGGAUCCUUGGAUAAAUGGAUCUUCCCUUCAUAUCAAGCGCGAGAUAGAUUGCUAGAUUGGACAACUCGUUUCAAUAUAGCCAUAGCUACUGCACAAGGGAUUGCAUACUUUCAUGAGCAGUGCAGGGAUCGGAUAAUACAUUGUGACAUAAAACCGGAAAAUAUAUUGGUAGACGAAAACUUUUGUCCUAAAGUAUCUGAUUUUGGACUGGCCAAAUUGAUGGGAAGGGAGCACUCUCAUGUGGUAACAAUGGUCAGAGGCACAAGAGGUUAUUUGGCACCAGAAUGGGUUAGUAAUCGCCCUAUAACUGUAAAAGCUGAUGUUUACAGCUAUGGAAUGCUUCUUUUAGAGAUCAUUGGUGGCAGGAGAAAUCUUGAUAUGUCCUUUGGUGCUGAGGACUUUUUCUAUCCUGGUUGGGCUUACAAGGAGAUGACAAAUGGGUCAAUAAUUAAGGUGGCAGAUAAAAGAUUAAAUGGGGCAGUUGAUGAAGAAGAGGUAACGAGAGCUCUGAAAGUUGCAUUUUGGUGUAUCCAAGAUGAGGUUUCUAUGCGACCAACAAUGGGGGAAGUGGUAAGACUGCUGGAAGAUUCAAUCGACAUUAAUAUGCCACCAAUGCCACAAACAGUACUAGAGUUAAUUGAGGAAGGCUUAGACCAAGUAUACAAAGCUAUGAAAAGAGAGUAUAAUCAAUCUAGCUCAUUCACUAUUACCAGCCAUCUUACAUCUCAUGCUACAUGUAGCAAUUCCACAAUGUCACCAAGAUAGUGUUUAAACUAAGAAAUUGGUCUUUUCGUGUUUUCUGAAAAUUAUAUCAGGGGAGGGGGAUCAUGGACGAACAUGUAACAGUUGACAAUGUUUAAAUGGCUCCUUUAAUGUUUUUGGGAGAAGUCCUAAGAAGGAAAUGGAUACUUAUAUAACCCCUUCUACCCAUUUGUAAUCAUCCCCUCAAUUCCACAAGUGUUCUUUCCUUCCUUUCUCUAGUAAAGGGUGAUUGGACUUAUAAUCUUUGUAAUUUUGAAGUAUUUCUCUUUAGUGAUUAUAUUUAUAAUCUCUGUUGGGGAUAGAGUAACAAUAGAAAUAUUUGUUGGGUUAGGGAGUUAGGUGUUAGUGAAUACUCUUUAGCACAACAUACAAGAUUUCAUUUAAAUACAAUCUUAGAGCCAAGUUCAUCCCAGUACUGAACCUUUCCUCCCUCAAUGACAAAAUCAAUUCCAUCCAAAGCAGCAUCGCCAAGGGGCCGCGAACAGGAUUGUCCACCCAAGAAGUUGUUCCACAAGUACAUGGCAACUUGCCUGGCAUCCUCAAGUGGAGAGCAUUACCUCGAUGUUAUUGGCUUGGCAUGACCUAAUCUCAGAACUCAGAGUGACACAUCCAUUGUUUAAAGUCACACUAUGGCCUGCAAGGUUCAGAGCUGGGAGUCGUGCCAUUGUCAUAUGCGGCUAAGAAAGCUAUGUUCACAAUAGUUCCCAGAAGCACAAGUUUCUUCUAAGAUUCCCUCAAUCCCAUUUUGGCCCAAGCACACAGCUAUCCCACUAGCAUCUGAACACACUGCUAGUACUAUCAGUCUAUAACACAGAGAUGGGAAUGGUAAUAAAAUGGUCACGUUGGAAGCCA